UGUUUACACAGGAAUACAUCGAACCAAAAAGUUUUGUGGUGGAGUACAGGGGAGUUUUGUCCCUGAGUGUAGGAGCAGAUGACAAAAGCAAAUAUAUAUUCGAUUUCAUGUGGAAUGGGAAGCGCUACUGCAUAGAUGCUUCAAAAGAGGAUGGAACACUGGGACGACUAGUGAAUGAUGAUCACAUACAGCCCAACUGUAAAGUCAAAAGAAUAAUGGUCCAAGGAAAGCCACACUUGUGUCUUUUUGCUGUCAAGGAAAUCUUUCCAGGCGAGGAGAUCACAUAUAACUAUGGCGAUUCCUCUUGGCCAUGGCGCUCAAUGGCACCCGGUGAAGAACAAUCUCACCCGAAGUUGAGAGGAAGUGAGCCAGGCUCAGAAAAGUCACAGGAGGUGUGCAGCGGUCGUGAUUUGAUGACAGAGGUCAGGGCAGCUCCGUCAACAUUAAAGGAUGACAUUGCACCCGGUGAAGAACAAUCUCACCCGAAGUUGAGAGGAAGUGAGCCAGGCUCAGAAAAGUCACAGGAGGUGUGCAGCGGUCGUGAUUUGAUGACAGAGGUCAGGGCAGCUCCGUCAACAUUAAAGGAUGACAUUUCACAGGAGGUGUGCAGCGGUCGUGAUUUGAUGACAGAGGUCAGGGCAGCUCCGUCAACAUUAAAGGAUGAUAUUGCACCCGGUGAAGAACAAUCUCACCCGAAGUUGAGAGGAAGUGAGCCAGGCUCAGAAAAGUCACAGGAGGUGUGCAGCGGUCGUGAUUUGAUGACAGAGGUCAGGGCAGCUCCGUCAACAUUAAAGGAUGACAUUUGCCACCAUAGUGUUACCUGCUCACUUGUCAGCUGUUUGGACCAUUGUGAAGAUUGCACAGGACCUGUCUCCAGUCUAAAAUGGCUUGGUCUCACAUGCAAAUUGUGUUCAAGAUCCUGGCACAAAUCCUGCUUUUUCAAGAAGAAUCAGUCGCUGGAUGUUAUACCCGAUGAGAUUGUUUCUGACUCUGCAAGUAGUGAUGGCUGUUCCUCUGGUGAUCUUUACAUAGCUGACACUGCACCAAGGUCUGAUGGAUCCAACUCUGAUGAAGAUGUUGUAACUGACACUGAACUAUUUAGUGAUAGUGAGGAUCUAAACCUACCACAUCGCAAGAGUGGACCAGUUGACUCACUUUCUUCCCAGGAAAGGACAAAGACAGUCCUGCAACCUAUAUCCUGCAUGGAACAGGAGGACAAGGAUGCUUCCAACUCUGGCAGAGUUGGCAUUGAUGAUGACUUCAUACCUGAUAGUGAACCCUGUUCUGAUGUUGAUGAUCCUACUACAAGUAAUACCCAGACUCUUCCAAGAAGUACAACAGAGUCUUUUUCUACUGAGACUGCAGCAGCACCACAAGUCUCUUCUUGCACAUCAAAAAAUUACUGCUAUGUUUGCAAAACACCUCAGUCUAAAAUAUCUCGUCACCUUAAAAAGCAUGAGAAAGUAGAGCCUGAUAUUGCUGAAGCAUUCUCAUUCCUAAGAACUCAAAAGAGAGAAAGAGGUUACUUGAGAAGUUGCGGAACAAAGGUAAUUAUGAACAUAAUCAAGAAGUAAUGCGUAAACAUGAUGGACAAUUGAAACUGAAAAGAAGACCAGGACCAUCAAAAUCUCGUGAAUGCCAAAACGCAUGUGCACUGUGCAUAUUGU